GAUAAAAUGCGUUUAAGGGUUUUAAAAAAAAUGGUACAUGGUACAUAUAUAUGUCGGCGCAUUGAAACUGCGUGGUUGCGAAUGUAUGUGUGUGUGUGUGCCAAUACACAUUUUCGGGUAUUUCACCAGAGUGAUAAUAUUGCAUCAGCCUCUUGCGCUGUGAGUGUGUGGUUGCCAGGCAACCGUUGGCAGGCGACUGUUGCUUGGAUGUUGUCGCUUUACAAAGUACCGUUGUAGCGAGGCGACAGCGUUGUGUCGAUCGAGGAUUGGUAGUAUGCACAGUAGGUAGAGAAUUAGACGCAGGCAGUUGCGUACCAGAACUGGAAGUAUGUACAAGGCUGAAACUCGAUGGGCCACAAUGGAAGACAACAACAACAACAACAACGAUCAUGAUUCGACAUCAGAAGUGGGAUCUGGCCACCAGCCUUCAGCACUAGAUGUCCCAUGGCGUGCCCUGAUGGAGUUACAAAAUAAAAAUUUAAUUGAACUGGUGAGAGCCAUAAAAACAACUGUACCUGAUGCAGGACAGAACAAAACUGUGCAACUACGCAAAUUCAACCCAGACAAACCAGGCGCCAACGCAUCAUCGUGGUGCACAACGGUGGAAGUGAUUUUACAAGAAAACACAUUGAGAAGCAGUGCAGUGGUUAUGGCCUUGAGUUCGGCUUUAGAAGGAAGAGCUUCGCAAUGGCUUUUGCAAGUGUGCUAUGCUGAAAUUACUUGGCCUGAGUUUAAAGAAUUGUUUCUACAACGCUUCAACACUAUAGAAACACCAGCCGCUAUGUUUCUUAAUAUGCUAUCAAAUCGACCGACUGAUGGCGAGAGUCUGGCUGUUCAUGCAAGUCGCAUGGUUACCGAACUAACGACGAAAUGGCGCCAAAUGGAUAACGAAGAGAUUGCUGUGUCUGUGACCCUUGCGCUGUUGGCAAGCUUCGAUCACCGAUUGCAGCGUUUAAGUUUCACAUCAAAUGUUCGAACCAGAGGCGAUCUACGGUCCGAACUAAAAGCAUACACUUUUAUUAAAAGGAAAAGCGGCGCUAUGGAGCAUCAGGCUGAAACUUAUUCUAAACGGCAAAAACAAUCACCGAUAGAGUGCCAUUUCUGCGGAAAAGUGGGCCAUAAAAUGGCUGAAUGCAGAUUCAGGAAACAACAGAAUCAAUUCGCGAAUGAUAAAACCCAACAUGGCAGGCAUGAUGUUCAUCACCGUGGAAAAUCAAAUUUAACUUGCUACAAGUGCGGAGAAUUGGGUCACAUAUCCACCCAAUGUACAAAGAAGGAAGCUGAUAGGAACAAAGCAUUCAAUCGGGAAAAGCGAGUGGAACAGUGCAGUGUUGCAGUACCAAAGGGAUGCCUGAACCAUAGAGGCCAAAUUUUUGAAAUCACCUUCGAUUCGGGAUCGGAAUGCUCGUUGAUAAGAGAAAAGCUAAGUACCAAAUUUUCAGCAAUUUUCAGCAAUGAAAUAUGUACUACUGUACAAAUAUUAAGCAAUGUAAAAAUUGACGAUUAUUGUAUUGAAAUUUUGUUUCACGUUAUAGGCGAUGAUGAUAUACAGAACGAUAUUGUAAUUGGCCGUGAGAUAUUAAAUCAGGGUCUUGAUAUUGUCAUUUCAUCAAACCAAUUUAGGAUCUCAAAGACCAAAGUAGUUAAUUUAUGUACCGGAAAUGAGCCAGCCGAUAUUGAUACUGAGCUUGAGGGACAAGAUAAAAUAAAACAACAUUCACUGUUGGCAAAGUACUCAAAUUCAUUUAUAACUGGGAUCCCAAGUACUAAAGUCAGAAUUGGCGAAAUGAAAAUUAGGUUGAUUUAUCCAACAAAAACCGUACAGAGAAGGCCAUAUCGUUUAAGUCCAUGCGAGCGAGAUUUGGUUAGGGACAAAAUUAAUGAACCUUAUGCAAGCCCUACAUUGUUAGUGAAGAAAAAAAAUGGUACGGACAGACUUUGUGUUGACUUUAGGGAGCUAAAUUCAAAUACGGUCGCUGAUAAAUACCCUUUAUAGAUCAAAUCAAUAGGUUUGGGGGAGUUAAUUACUUUACAUGUCUAGACAUGGCCAGCGGAUAUUACCAAAUUCCUUUGCAUUCAGAUUCUAUCGAGUACACGGCGUUUGUGACUCCGGGGGGUCAAUACGAGUUCCUGUCCAUGCCAUUUGGGCUCAAAAACGCACCAUCUGUUUUUCAACGAUUAGUAAUACAGGCGCUAGGGGAUCUAGCAAAUUCCUUUGUCAUCGUCUAUAUGGAUGAUAUCAUGAUAGCCGCCUCAACAAAAUGCGAGGCGCUAGAAAGAUUACAGAUCGUUCUAGAUGUUUUGACAAAGGCUGGGUUUUCAUUCAAUCUUACAAAGUGCUCAUUCAUGAAAACAUCGGUUCAAUAUUUGGGUUACAAUAUAAGUGCGGGUGAGAUUCGUCCAAACCCACAGAAAGUUGUAGCGUUGACUGCUCGCCUCCACAGUCAAUCACUUCACUUUGACAAUUCAUUGGGCUAGCAUCAUAUUUCCGACAGUUUAUUAAGGGAUUUUCACAAUUAAUGAAACCGUUAUAUUUCUUAACUGCGGAUAAAAACAAAUUUAUUUGGAAAACAGAGCAUGAACAAAAACGGAAAAAGGUCAUUGCCACUCUUACCGACAAACCAGUCCUUGUUAUUUUUGACCCUUAUUAUCCAAUCGAAUUGCACACAGACGCCAGAUGCAGUGGCUACGGUGCAAUUUUAUUACACAAAAUUAAUAACAAACCCCAGGUAAUUGAAUAGUAUAGCAAAACUACUUCACCGACAAAAUCAAGAUAUCACUCGUUCGAGUUGGAAACCUUAGCUGUCGUGAACGCCAUUAAGCAAUUUCGACAUUAUUUGCUGGGCAGGAACUUUGUAGUUUAUACUGACUGCAACUCGCUUAAGGCGGCGAGAAAUAAACGAGAUUUAACCCCCAAAGCACAGCGUUGGUGGGGUUAUUUGCAGCAAUUCACAUUCGAUAUUCAGUAUAGAGAAGGGAAAAGGAUGGCACACGUUGACUUUUUAUCGAGAAAUCCCCUUUCAAAAAAGUCUACUACAACCUCAAAAAUAGUCGAAGAGAAAAGAGUAAAUUUAGCUGAAAUUUCAAGCAACUGGCUUAUUGCUGAACAACGUCGAGAUGUGGACAUAGUCGAAAUUGUUAAACAUUUUAAAAACUCUUCUCUGCCUGAUGAUAUUGCGAAAACCUAUUAAUUAAGGGCAGAAGUUCUUCAUCGAAAGAUACAAAGAAAUGGGAGAAUACGUUGCUUACCAGUGGUGCCACGAGCUUUCAGAUGGUCUGUCAUAAAUCAAGUGCAUGAGUCCAUAAUGCAUUUAGGUUUCGAAAAGACAUUAGAUAAAACUUACGAUUUCUACUGGUUUGACAAUAUGUCAAAAUACUUAAAAAAUUUUGUCGACAACUGCAUCACUUGCAAAAUGUCUAAAUCCACUUCAUGAAAAAUACCGGCGGAAUUACCAAUACCAAAAGUCACUAUUCCUUGGCACACUAUCCACAUCGAUAUCACAGGAAAAUUAAGUGGCAAGAGUGAUCAGAAGGAGUAUGUUAUUGUUCAGAUAGACGCGUUUACCAAAUAUGUCUAUCUUAGUCAUAGUCUUAAAUUAGACAGUGAGAGUUGUAUAAGGGCCGUUCAAUCUGCCGUUUCAUUGUUUGGAGUACCAAACCGAAUAAUAGCUGACCAGGGAAGGUGUUUUACAGGCGCAAAG